UAAUGCGUAUGAUCCAGAUGUCAAUGCAAAGCAAAUGUGGAUUGAUCAAACUGUGAUAAGGAAUAAUGUAUGUUUGACAUUUACGGAUAAUGGCAAUGGGAUGAAUGCUGAUAAGCUGCAUAAAAUGCUGAGCUUUGGCUUCAGUGAUAAAGUUACAGUGAAUGGCCAUGUUCCAGUUGGGCUGUAUGGCAAUGGGUUCAAGUCUGGUUCCAUGCGCCUUGGAAAAGAUUCAAUUGUUUUCACUAAAAACGGAGAGACCAUGAAUGUGGGCUUACUGUCUCAGUCAUACUUGGAAGCCAUUAGUGCUGAGCAUGUUGUUGUGCCUAUUGUUACAUACACAUACCAACGAAAAAUUAUUUGCACACCAGAGUCGCAAGCAAGCCUGAAGGCACUAUUGAAGUAUUCUCUUUUCAGCACAGAAAAAGAUCUACUAGCAGAGCUUGAUGCAAUUUUGGGAAAGAAAGGCACCAGAAUUAUUAUUUGGAAUAUAAGAAAAACAAAAGAUGGAAAGUUUGAAUUUGACUUUAGUACAGACAAAUAUGAUAUUCGAAUACCAGAUGAUGCUUUUGAUGAAAAAAAUGGGAAGAAAGGAUACACGAGGCUGGAAAGAUUGGGUUAUACAGUCCCUGAAAGUGACUAUUCAUUAAGAGCAUAUUGCAGUAUUCUGUAUCUGAAACCUAGAAUGCAGAUAGUCCUGAGGGGACAGAAGGUUAAAGCACAGUUUAUUUCUAAGAGCCUUGCCCAUAUAGAAUGCGAUGUUUACAAACCAACUUUCUAUAACAAAAAUAUAAGGAUUACAUUUGGAUUUAAUUGGAAGAAUAAAGAACAUUAUGGUAUUAUGCUGUAUCAUAAGAACAGGCUCAUAAAAGCAUAUGAAAAAGUUGGUUGCCAGUUAAAGGCUAACAACAUGGGUGUUGGUGUAAUUGGUGUGAUAGAGUGCAACUUUCUGAAACCAACUCACAAUAAGCAAGAUUUUGACUAUACCAAAGAAUACAGGCUGACUAUGGCAGCACUGGGACAGAAACUAAAUGAUUAUUGGAAUGAAAUGAAAGUUAAAAGAAAUCAAGAAGAUCCUCAAAACUUAAUACCAGUCGAAGAUGUACAGAAACGUCCAGAUCAAAACUGGGUUCAAUGUGAUGCAUGUCUGAAAUGGCGCAAACUUCCUGAUGGGAUUAUCCCAGAAAAACUUCCAGAGAAGUGGUUUUGUUAUAUGAACCCUGACCCUCAGUUCAGGAGCUGUAAUGUAGCUGAAGAACCAGAAGAUGUUGAUGAUGUGUUCCCUACCUAUGAGAAAACAUAUAAAAAACUUGAACAGAAAGACAGAGAAAAAAAGAUGAAAGCAAUGGAGCAAGAAAGAAAACAGAUGGACACCAGCGAGAAUGCUGAGCUGCAAAGAUUCAUUUCAGAGAUAACCCAAGAAGCAAAAACCAUCCGAAAGGAAAGGGAUGUACUUCGGAAGAAGUUAAAAGAACAGACUUUGCAAGUUACAGCAUCUUCUCCACCAUCUGGCACCAGUUCUCCUAAUAAAGCAGUAACACGAUGGUUGGUCAACGAAAAUGAACCUCUUCGGGUGGCAAAUGACACUAGUACUCUUGACCUUUCUGCACUAGAAUCUGAUAACACUUUAGUUAUCACAGAUGUCAGAUCCCUUUCCUCAGCAAACACAGUUGCUGGAUGCAGCACAAAACGAAAGACUGCUAAUGAUUUUUCGCCUUUUACUUCAAAAAGAAAGAAGUUGAGUAACAAACCAAAUUCGACUGAAGACGAUGAUAUUAUCAUUUUAGAAGAGCACAGUACACCAAAGCCAAAGGAAAAAGUAGAUCUUUUAAAGGUUAAAAUUGAACGCAGAAACAGCACUGAGCAAACUGGAAUGAGAAUUGAAUGUGAUGAUGACGUUCAAGUCUGUAAUGAGACUACUGCAGUAAAUAACUGCCAACAGGGUGUAUGUACUCAGACAGAGGGCAAUGCUUUACCUUUGAAACAAGAGGGAAAUGCAGUUGAAGAUGUUUCAUUAGACACUAAUAGUUCAAAAAUCGAUUCCUGCAAGGUUGAAAAAUCGCAGGAAACGUGCAGUGUAAGAGUGCAUCAGAAAACAUCCAUUAACAGAGCUGUUGAAGCAGCUGUUGAAGCUGCCACACUCUCUGUUUCAGUUAAUAAAGUCUCUUCAACUGACAAUGGCAAGGAAUUAAAUGACCUGAAAAAUCUGCUAACCUUAACUGCACAGGAAAGACAGCAGUAUGCAAACAAAUGUGAAAGCUUAACAAGUCAGGUAAAGAAAAUGGAGCAAGAAGUGGUGGAACUUAAACAGAAGUCAUUGAAAAAGGAAGUCUGUCAUCGAUCAACAGAAACCGAGAUUCCUUCUUUUUCUGAUAGGCCUGCAGUAGCAGAUUUUUGUAAACUGCAUCCAGAAGAGAUGACUGUACUUUAUGAGCAGACACUUAAGGAAAUUGACAGGUUGAAAGAACAAAUUAAAUCUGUGAAUAAACUGAAAUGUGAUUGUGCAUCCAAAGACCGAAAGGAUAUAAAAAAUGAACUGGAUGAUCUUGCACUGCAGCUUGAUAGUGUAUUUAGAGAAUUGGAUAGAUGUACUAAUGAGAGAGACCAGUACAAGGAACAGAUUCAAGAACUGCGACAGGAGAAGAACAAAAUCACAUCACAGUAUGAGCAACUUGUAAAAGAAACCGAACAGUUGAAGUCGGCAUUACAGAAAAGUAAAGAUUCUGCUGCUUCUAGUGGUACUCAAGUAGGCACAAAUUCAGAUGUCUCUGAUGUUAAAAGUGUAAAACUAAAAUCUGUAAGGCUAAAUAUUGGAAAAUUACUGAGUGCGCUUUUGCCUGAUCUAGAUUUACAACACGUCAGCUAUGAUACUGAUGGAAUAGAUGAAAUUCUAGAACAAGUCUUAGACCAGAUAAACAACAAGUGAUGAUCCUGCUUGACUGAAAUGAGACUGUGAGCUGCAGGAGUUCAGCUUACCUGGGAUUACUGUUAGACUUUUGACUUUUUCAUACGGAAUCUCUGGAUCUUGGUUAAGGAUUUCCUUUAACAUGCCAACAGAAUGCACCUUUUGCAGAAUUUGCAAACUCUCUAAAGAAAUGUUCCAGUUCAUGACUCAUUUUACAUAGUUACUGUUUCUGGAAACAUGCUGGUACAUCACUUGCUCUCUCUUGGCAGCUGUAGUAUUUUCUAAGAAGAAUGUGGCAAAUUUUUCUCACUGCUUGGGAUUGCAGUUCCGUCACUUCCUGGAUUCAUCUGUUUUGUUUUACAGUGCUGUGUACUGUUACUGAAAAGCUGCAGAAUUGAUUGCUUGGAAACAAUUUCCAAUUGUACCAAACAAUUUUAUUUUUUAUAACAAAGACAUGGUAAAUAGUAAACACAUUUGUGUACAGUUUGUAAAAAAAAAAAAAAAAAAUGUUAAACUAGCUCUGAAAUUAUUCAUAUGGGUUGUUUGUAUAAACCAGACAUGUUAUUGUUAUAACAUUUUUUGAAGAUUUUUAUGUUGGAGAUUUGUGCAUAAAAGCAGAAUCCUUGGACUGGACAAUUUAAUCUCUGAACUUACUAAUGAAGGACUUUCAGAAGUUUGACUUUUAAAUCAUUCUGCACCAUAGGUGACCUGCUUAUUACAAAUGUUAAAAUGAGGUAGUGUCUUAAAGUUUGUAGAUGAUUUUAUCCUUUUAUGAAUGUCAUGUAUGAUUGUUUCAAGCAGUAGUGGACUAAAUUAAAUUUGCCCUCAUCUUAA